AUGUCACCACGGACUGCCAAGCAGCCGCCAGGCAACAAUUCGCUACAACCAAAAGCUGGCCCUGGGCACAAGCGCGAGGUCGGGAACACCUCGCCAGCCUUCGAGCAGGUGCUUGCGGCCUGCAUCGCGAUCGCCUGCAUCACGAUCACCUGCAUUUUCGCCGCCGCCCUUGCCCGGCGCGCUGCGCCAAAGCCAGUGUGUCUUGGGAGCAAGACGCGGGCUGCAGUGUGGCAUCAAUCAGGGAGUCAGGUCGAGCGCAAGAGCGAGCGCAAGGGCUUACUAAGAAGGGCGACAAGUGAGCAAGGGCAUGCAUCCUCAUGA